GCUUACAAAUCUCGCCAACUCGAUGUAAUAAAUAGACCUUAUUAUUUGUAGAAAUACAUUUAAAGGGUCAAAAUAAUUGACAAAUGGUUAAAUUAUCUUUUAGAUAUAAAUAAUAUUAGUAAAAAGAAGAAAUUAUAAAAAAAAUAAUCUCCCCUCAGCAACCUGUUUGUAUAAAAAUGGCGGCGACGGAUUGUUCAACGACUUGCCGAGACUAGUUGACACCAACUGUAUCUUUCUUGUCUAGAUCUAUAGGCUAAGAGGACUAACCACACUUCUUUCACAAUGUCUAUGAUUGCUAAGAAUCGCAUUCAUAGUACCUGGACUCCGUUGAGUAAUGAAGAAACGAACAAUAAGAUAUUUGAAGAACGAAAGGACCUAGUUGGCAAAUGGUUUCAAAAAUGGAAUGAUGAUCAGCGCAGGAAGCUUUUUGAAGAACUUGUCGGAAAAAGUAAGAGGAAGCAACUGGAAUAUGCACGGGAGCUAAUUGACAGCCGUGUUCCUUGCCACAAAGACGAUUUCACACGUUACUUGCCUCGUGUGAUUACUCUCUACAUCUUUUCUCACCUGGAUGCCCGCAGUUUGUGUCAGUGUGCACAGGUGUGCUGGUACUGGCGCUAUCUGGCAGAGCUUGACCAGCUGUGGAUGCCAAAAUGUCUGCACUUCGGCUGGCACUUGUCCUUCACCCCAAGCCCAUACGAAAAUGGAGUCUGGAAGAGGAACUUUAUCGAACAGUUCAAAAUUAUCCAAGCAUUGUUACCCAAAAAUCCCCCAGCCUCGGAGAUGAGUAAGCUAAAGCUGGACAGCAAGCGUUCUGAAAAAACUGGCAAGAAGAAAUCCGGACCUACACCGUGGCGAGGUUCGGACCCAGUACCCAAAGACACAUGGCGGUUCAACUAUCUGAACAAUGACGAGGUGCUUGAUGAGGUGACCAAAUGUCGACAGAAAAAGAUGUACGGUUCAGCCACAGACGACGUUGUACGCAAUGCCCGCAGCAAAGUAAAUUCUGGCAGCAACGUCCUCAACUCCUUAUCGAGAUCUCAUUCCUUAACACGCAUCAGCUCGGCCGGGGAACCUCACCUCUCAGAGCGACCUCGCUGGGCGCGGCAAACCACCCAGUCUUCAUCCUCGGGAUUCCUGCACAAGAACGCAAUGAAACAUAACGGUGUUCUCGCCAAGAUCACUCGCCCCGGCCCGGUCAGCCCUCCCCCCAAACUAUCAGGGGCGCCAAAGUCUCGGCCUGUCACUGCACGAUCGGCAAGAGAUCCACCCACAACAGAGCUGUUCCCUCAAACCCCAUGGAAGGUUCCAACAAAUGCAGAAUCUGAUGAUGAGCGAGAAUGAUGACUCCUGACAGUGACAGUGCUAUACAGAUUUGAUUGAAGAAUACUUUUUUUGUUAUAUUUUGAUAUAUUUUAAAAAUCAUAAUGUAAUGUAGGCCUACUUCUUAUUCAUCCACAGCUUUAUUUCAGUACAGGGUCAUUUAUGGACAUUUUUUCUUGGUUAAGAAUUUAUUUACUGUAUUAUUUGUACAGAAGAAGUAGCUUAAUUUAUCUUGUUUCCUCUGAUGACCGUUGCAAGAAAAAUGUGGGACCAGUGAUUUUUUACUACCCCUGUAUGAGCAGGGUCAAAAGGAGUUGCACAUUUUUCUUGCGAUAGAAGUGAUAUACAGCGGAAUCCACUUAAACAAAAAUGUCUGAAUUUCUGGGACCACCUGAUUUUGUUCAGUUUUGCUGGGUUUUCGGUUUAUAGAGGUUGCUCAAGUAGAAGAUAAAAAAACGAGGAUUUAAUUUUCUUUCCGUAUAUUGCUGUUUUCCAAUUAACUCUUUGAGCCUUGACCUGCUAAAGCUGCCGUACCCCUCUACCUUUGCUCCUGAGCGAUUCAUGCCUUCAUUCAUAUCAUCGUCAGAAUCACAUUCCAUAUCCCACUCAGGAUAGUCCUUGUCAUUACCAGUCAGCAUCUAAUUCUGAAAGAUCUUUUAAAAAAUCAAUUAUGUCCUGUAUGGUAAACACUGUUUUCGGUGCAUGUUUUGUCCCAGGCGAGCCGGUUUGGGGAUAGGGUCUCACCGUUGUACUGUAGCUAGGCAUAUGGGCACCGGUCAAAGGGCAAGGGCUCAAAGGAAUAAGUGUGUCCAGUUAAAGCAAACUCCACUUUAUUUGUUCCUUUUCACAGAUAUCCUUCACCAUGUAAAUUUCUCCAUCCUCCGUGCCCAGAACAAUUUUCUUUCUGCUUUCCUUAUUUAAUUAAAGUAGAUGUGAAAUUGUGAUUAUAAGGGAUGUGACAUUUUAUACCUCUUUGAGAAAUACUGGACCUGGCUCUGUGGUGUGACAUUUAGGCUGUUUGCCUCUGCAGGCAGAAGAUGCAAGUUCAAUUUCCAAUUGGAGAUCUUUUUUAUCGAGUUUUCUGUAUGUCUGCAAGGGUGUUGUACACAAUGUAUCCCUUCAGUUCAGGUUGGCCCUGACAGGCAGGUGAAAGCUGCCUGUCUCAAGAAAUGACCUUAAUUGAAGUUAAUUAUGUUGAUUGGGGUUAAAUUGUAAAACAACACGAGCAGCAUGACCUGUCUUCAUCUGUUUGUUUGAGUAAAGAAAAGCACUUCGACUAAUUAUGAGUCAUGGUCAUUGAGAGCUGGAAAAAAUGAAGACAGAAACAAAAGGGUGAAAGAGCUUCUAGUAGCUCAAGCUGUCAAGUUUCUAUUGAUCAAAAUGCUACUGCUUCCUUUGUCUUAUGAAGCCAGAUUUGAAAACUGUUUUCUUAAAAGAGGAGACAUCUAAAUCCGUCCAUUCAAGCUGUCCUUCCUCUUUUUCAAACCUGUCAUUAUUUUGACUGCUUAGUGUAAGACUGCACCGUACACCAUUUUGAAAAGUGACUUAUGCCGAAGUCUUACAGUGAGCAGUGGAUUUUCAUUGCGUUAUUCAAGUAUAAUCAUUCCACCUGUAUUAUUGAACACGCUGUGGUUUUGCCCAGGUAUGGUUGUGUGGGGUAGCAGGGAAGAGAGAACAGCUUCUGCGUGUCCGUUCACCCACUUUCGCAUUCACUCGGUCGCUUCUAUGAGUGUCAAGUUCUUAUACCCUCUCUCAUUCUCAGUUUAUAGACAUCUAUGUAUUACAUACACAUCUAGAGAGGCUGAGAGGGGGUAUUGUAGUCAUACUUAAACUCCUUUACUGCCAGACAUGCCUUUCAAUCUUAUCAAAGAUAUGCUGUCUUGGGCAAAGCAGGUGGUGAAAGGGUUAAUCUGUGAUAUGUGGACGCCAAGGUCUUGGCCUCCACUGGCAGUUGGUCUGGUUUUAAGUGUAGUCUAUACUUACGUAGAUGAUCAUUACUACAUAUAUAUAUGUAAUUGUGUUAAUAUCCCUUUGUGAUUCUGGGUAUCUGACAUUUAUUAAAGAGAGAAAUUAAAACUGAUCACAUCAUAA